AGAAGCAUGCAAUAUCUUCCAUUUGUUCUACUCGGUUUUCUUCGGGUGUAUUAUAACCUUGAUCAGGUUUUUAGAAUUUUCGUCCUUGUCUAAAACUGCAAGAAACCUAGAAGGGAAAAUUUUCAUCUUUUGGGUAUCUGCACUGCAGUACUGAGAUAGAAUGACGAGAUCAGAGAGCUCUUCUAUAGAUAUUGAGCAUCUCAGAGAAAAGCUUCUUCCGACCUCCAAUCCGUCCUCGUUACCAACUUCUUGUAUUUACAGAGUCGACAAAAGAAUUCGCAAAUUAAACGAAGAUGCCUACACUCCAGACACGAUCUCCAUCGGCCCUUAUCACCGUGACGUCGACAAGAAAAACUUGCAGAUGCAAGACAUGGAAGACGUUAAGAGGCGAUACGUAAAGGCACUGCUUGAUCGAACAAGUGAAACACCCAGUCUGGAAAGUUAUGUGAAAGCUCUCAAGGAGUUAGAAGCUGAUCCAAAAACUGAUCCCCGUAAGUGUUACUCAGAGCCCAUUAUCAAUAACUUAAACAACAAAGAAGUCAACUUCCUAGAAAUUAUGCUCCUUGAUGGCUUGUUCAUCAUUGAGUUAUUUCGGAAACAUUCACAUGUUGUUAAGCUUAAGGAAGAUGAUAAUGAUCCCAUAUUCAAGUCCAAUUUAAGGAGAACAAGGAUUGUACGUGACUUGGUAUUGCUUGAAAAUCAAAUACCCAUGUCUGUUCUUGAAAAGUUAUUCGAGCUAAGUAAGUGUCCUAACUCUGAUAGAUUCUCACUCAUCGAAUUGGCCCUCAUAUUCUUUGAGAAUUUGAUACCGGAUGGUCUAAACAAGUAUGAUAAAAUCACCAAUAAUACACACAAGCACUUACUGGAUCUCUUAAGCUGCACACUCGAUGGUGCGCCGACAGAGCAAGAAUCAAGAACAGAAGAAAUAAAAGCACUAGAAUCUCUGCCAUGUGCGACGGAGCUCCGGCGUUCCGGUAUUAAUUUUAAAGCCUCACGAAAUUAUAAUUUGUUCGACAUAAGGUUUAGCAAAGGAGAAUUUGAAAUCCCUACACUAUGUGUUGAUGACUACACAGUUUCCUUUUUCCGAAACCUCAUUGCUUACGAGCCACAAAGUAUUGGAGGUAGGCACCGCAUAACAUCAUAUGCCCUCUUGAUGGAUCACCUUAUUGACACUGCUAGUGACGUGGCACUUCUUCUUCGUCGUGGAAUUAUUAAGAAUCACCUGGGUGACAAUGAGAAGGUGUCGUUUCUAUUCAAUACACUCUACAGAGAAAUUUCAAGCGGGGAUAAGUUCUGUUAUGGUACUCUCUGCGUGAAUGUGAAUAAAUAUCAUAAUAACCAUUAUCACAAGUGGGGAGCGAAUUUCAAGCGCAACUAUUGCAGCAGUCCAUGGAAGAUUAUUUCAUUGCUUGCAGGAGUUAUAUUACUUUUUCUCACUUUCUGCGGUACCCUUUUUACCGCCCUCCCAUUCUUCGGUGUUAAAGAAUUCAUUUAAGUCCUUGUAAUAUAGGUUGUGUGAGAGAUGUGUCAAGUGUGUGUUGCUGUUAUUAGUGGAUAUCCAUGUGUCAAUCCAUGGGAGGUGUCUGUUGGAUUUUUAGAAUUUUGUACCUUGGAAAGUCUUACUCUUUUAAGAGGAGUGGAAGGUUAGUAAUGGAAUGUUGGAUGAGUCUAUACAAGUCCUGCUCUAGAUAUAGAUAUUACAGGGAUAUGUAAUUAAUCUAAUUAGAAGUGUUGUUUUGGUGGUUGCUGGUUUCCCUUGAAGAAACUAUUAUCUU